AUGCCGCGUAAAGAUGCUGGCGGUGGACCAAUUUCUGCUCAGGCUCAGCAAGAUCUAGUCUCAGAGGGUAUCGAAAACUUUGAGCUUCCUAAGAGUCUUGUCACGAAGAUAGCAAAGUCAGCAAUGCCAGACAAUGCUAAAUUGCAAAAAGAGACCGUAUUGUCUCUGGUGAAGGGUUCGACAGUAUUCAUCAACUACCUUGUGGCGACAGCUCAUGACGUGGCUAUGUCCAAACAGCACAAAAGCAUCUCCGCGUCCGAUGUCCUCAAAGCUCUAGAGAUGAUCGAGUUUGGAGAUCUCGUCGAGAAUCUACAGAAUGAGCUUCAAAUUUAUAGAGACAACACGAAGGGAGACAAGAGUCGUAAAUCCGGAACGGCAAGUUCCUCGCACAAGGGCAAGGCCAGAGAAAGUGAAACUGCAUCAGUCGUCUCAAAAUCAAAAGGAAAGGACAAGGCGACGAAUCUGCCACCGCCAUUCACGUUUGCCCCGCGAGUAGCAGUAGCAUCCUCUGCGUCCCAAUCAGACAUGCACAGCGCUAGGGUCGAACAGGAAGUUGAUGAUGAGAUGGGCGAGCCAGGCGAAGGGGAAGGGGAAGGAGAAGGAGAAGACGAAGAAAUCGAGGAGGAUGAGGAAGAAGUGGAGGAAGAAGUGGAAGAUGACGCACCAGUUGAUAUGAUGGCUGUCGAAGAUGAGGACCAGAAAAAAGAUGCCUCAGGGUUGGAAGAACCUAAGGCUUUGCCAGCCGAGGACUGA